GCUCGUAAAGCCCGCCAUAUCACCAACUUGCCCAAUCCAUCAAAGUGUGGCAACUUGCCAUUAUAUUGAUUAACCUGGGAGGCCAUAGCAAGAUCCUACUAUCCGACAUCAAUUCACAUACAGUUUGAGUCGGCUUCCAUGACCAACGUUGGACCUUGUCCCCAAAACGCCAACACUCGAUCAAUCGAAGCUUUUCUUCCAUGAACACUUCUAAAAGCUCACAUGCGAAAAGUCAGUCCCCUCUUGGAGGACCUGACAACCCCGAGCAACAUCAACUACCCACUCCCGCUACCUCUCCUGAGAAGACACCCACCGGGCGCCUAUCGUAUGCCAACUCUGUCACCAAAAACAUCUUCAAAUCGCCCACUAAUCCACUGAAAACUGCUAUCACCAGCACCGGCUCACUGUUCCGAAACAUCAACCCCGGAGCAGUUGUUUUCGACCUAUCGCAUCUACCGACCACCCAGGAUAUCAUAGAGGACGCCUUAUUGGCAAUCUUUGAAAAGUUCACGCCUGCAUCUGUUCGAGGAUACCGUCAAGUUGGAGCCAAAGGAAACGCCAUUGAGAUCCUCUUCGACCCGAGUGUUGCCGCCGUCCAUCGCAAAACAGCGACAGAGCAAGGCAUCACAUUCAAGGACUACGAACCAAAAGCUGUUAGCACCGAAAGCAUGAAAACCAGGCUAACCUUCGUCAAACUAAGGAACAUGCCACUCUUUCCUAGUGAAGAAGCCAUUGUACGGGUUCUUAGCCAGAGCAUGGCAACUUUCGGAAAAAUCAGAAAUGUUUCGAUAUUCAAGAAACCUGUAGGCCACGUUAUCCCAUCCCCUCCUUCUCUCACAGAUCACAGUAUGCUCAGUAUAGGAUUAGAAGUAGCAUCUAUCAAGCAAGGCCCCGGAUGGUGGAAACUGAAUACCUCCAUUCUGAAGGAAAUUAAGUAUAAAAAAACGAUCACAGAUUUUCUAGAAUUCAUAUUCACAUCAGAUGGACCAUUCCACUACGCCACGAGAGACAGGAUGACAGCAGAGGAAUAUGACUCUCUAAAACAGAUGCUUCGACACCUCAGCUUAGAGUAUAGUAUAAAAAGAGCGAGAGAAAACAAAAAAAACGAACACCACCUACAAACGCAAAUUAACCAAUUGUCGCUACCAUACAAUGUUCAAGAUGAUGGCAUGGCAAACACUAGAAUACAGUCCCUACUACUUCAACUGGAUCAAACCCAAAAAGAGAAGCUGGAGGUCCAGGCAGUGAGGGCCAGGAUAAAAUGAAGGGAAGAGGGCGAAAAAUCCACAGCUUAUUUCUAUCGCACCCUGAAAACUCGACAAGCUAAAGCGCAAAUUGCUGAGCUUACACACCCAGUUACAAAUCAACUGUGCAACACAGCUAACGACAUCCUUGAGGCAACCACCUCCUUUUACGACAAUCUUUUUACACCGACACUCAUAUCGACAACCGCAACAGAAACAUUCCUUCAAGACACACCGAGUAACGUACUCAAUGAAGACGACAUCUCCCUAUGCUUAAAAAAUAUAACUAAAGACGAGGUCAUACAAGCUUUGCUAGACUCUCCCAAACAAAAGGCACCGGGAAACGAUGGACUACCGUUCGAGUUUUACGAUACCUUCCAAAAAACAAUCCUUAUCGACAUAAUUACUCACCAAUGCAACCAAACACUCCAUCAUCUGAGCAUUCCAGAAAGCUGGAACUCUACUCACACAAUCCUCAUACA